UUAUUUCCGCCUCUGUGCUGCCACUAGAUACGUUGAGGUGUGAGCUUGGUCAUAAAUUAGGCGCAUCCGUGGCAGUCUGUGCACCUGGAGUAAAAACUACGCCAGCCCCCCAAAAUUGUGUUGCACGACCAGACAGAAAAGGGGACUUGAGACACUUUUUACAUGUAAAAGUGUGGCUAUUCCAUUAGUAAAUGUGCACCCGUGUCUGCAAAUGGGUACAGAGACUGGUAAUAGGGCACAGUGAAUGGCACAGCAGUUAACACUUAUCAUGGGAGCCUUUUCAUCAAACAUACAUGCUAGUCCGCCUGUAAAGCGUUAUUAUUUCCUCCUCCUACAGUAAUAAACCGCUGUAAGAAGCUACAAUUACUCUGCCACCAACAUACAAGAAAUCGGAACGCACAAGCUUCGCGCUUGCUCGAGGUUUGACCCGCACGCUGCUCCGUAGUGUCUAGUUACGAUGUGGGCCUCGCGCCGAGCACUAUACUCGCUCGUAAACAUAGCGCUUCAUGUCCCUUCGCGGCGGGGCCGUAGUGACGUCAUCAGAGGGACCUCGCUGAACUACAGAGUGACGUUCCGGGCCCCUAGGCCUAUGGAAUAUGGCCCUUUAUCUGCCCUGCCCGUGCCGGGUGAACGGGGCUCGGAGCGGGUAGGAGAAGCAGACUGUGAAAAUGAAGCUGCAGAGAAAAAUCCGCAAAAGAGAACAACCCCCCAUAAGAAAAAUCCAGGAUCAGCGGAGUCUUUGCUGACAGAGCUGCCAUUUGCAGGUGCAGACAUUAGUUAUGUGUUUGAAACAAAAGACACAGUGGACAAAAAAGUGAAAAAGAAAAGGAAACGACAUCAGCUAGAAAGUGAUGAAGAUGAUGGUAAAAGUAAAAAGCAAAAGAGGGCCAAUUAUUUUGUAUCUCUGCCCAUUACAAAUGUGAAGAUUCUUGACGACAUCCAUACGAUUCAGAAUUCUGUGUUGCAGAAAGAUGACAGACUGUCUAAGGCCAUGAUUCCACAGGGGUCGUUCCAUCUGACGCUCUUUGUGAUGCAUUUAGCCAGUGAAGAGGAAGUUACUGUGGCAACAAGCGCACUUUUGGACAGCAAAAAGCCAAUUGAGGAAAUCCUUCAGAGAAAUGUUUUAGUUCUGCCAUUUAGUGGAAUCUCUGACUUCAAGCAUGAAGUUGUAUAUGUAAAUUUGACAGAUGAAGCCUCCAUAGCUGCUCUUAAGCAAAUAACCGAAGCCACCGGGAAGAUAUUUAUGGAAAAAGGCAUUUCUGUAACUGGAUGUAAAGAUUUUGUACCACAUUUGACCUUCAUGAAGUUAUCAAGAGCACCAAAGCUACGCAAGCAGGGAAUUAAAAAGAUUGAUGCACAUCUGUAUAAGGAUUUCCAAGAUCAUUGCUUUGGAGAGGAGACACUUACGAGAUUGGAUCUUUGCUCUAUGUUAAAGAAGAAACAGCCAAGUGGUUAUUAUCACACAGAAGCAUCCAUAUUGUUUGGUCAUAAGAAUGGAAGAGAACCUGAUGAAGCCGAGCUCUUGAGCUUGAGUAAAAGGCUGGUGGAAAAUGCGGUACUCAAGGCUGUUCAGCAGUAUAUAGAGGAGACACAGACCAAAACCAAACAGACUGAUGGGAUCUUAGUAGAGCCUGGCAAUAAUGAGAAAACGGAGAAUAACAUAAAAUAAGGCGCACAGCCUCCACACAUGAAUUAAUGUAUUAAAACUUGAACUGGACAAUUCCGUUCAUGAGACGCCUAGUUUGCUACUCAGGUGCAUUCUUCAUGGGGAUUUAAGGACAGUAUUCUUUCAUUGCAUCAUUUACACAGAUGGAUACAUUAAAUGAUUUUUCUUGAUAAACCUGUUUGCAAAGCCGAAAAGCCAAAGCUUAAGGAAAAUUGCAAGUUUCCCAUGAGGUGAACUACAAUGAGUGAAUUGUAUAGAAGAAAGAACAAUGGGAGCCUUUUGUCUACGCCUUGUUGAGUAGCAAUGAGCAGCCAACUAAGAGGCCUUACCACACAAGGAAGCCAUGUCAUCCUGGUUUAAUGGAGAUGCUCGGCUUUGUCACAGAAAUGGAAGGUUCUUUCUAGAUUACUAGUGUUGCAAUGGCAACCCUUCAAAAGCUAUGCUAAUUUCAAUGCUGGAUACUCACUGUUAUUCUACUGGUUUCCUUCAUUGUAUUGUGGCACUAUGCAGUAUCUUCUCAAAGCCCAUUAAUCAUGAAUGAAAAAUGAUAUAUUUUUGACAAGCAUUAUCGUCUUUUUUUAAUACAGAUGUGUGGCCAAAAACCUGAAUGUGUGUUUCUUUGAUUAUUAUUACUUUUCUUACACACUUUUUUGUAUAUGGAAAAUAAUGAUGUCCUUUUCUCCAGGUCAAAAAUGUAGUGAUACCAUCAAAGACAUUGCUUUUCGAAAAGAGUUGAAGCCUCUACUGGACAAAGUGAUGGACAUAAAGAAAUUGCUGGCUCUUCCAGAGACACGUGCACAAAUAUACAAGGAGGUGUUUGGUACACAA